GCUCAUUUAUCCCAAUUUCUCCAUGGCUAACUACGGUUUUACGGCUUCAGCAAUGCUGCUCUUUGGCCUGCUAGUGGCUUCCUUCCUUCCCACAAGUGGUCAAGUAGGUGUUUGCUAUGGUAUGCUGGGCAACAACUUACCGACAAAGGCCGACGUUGUGUCUCUCUUCAACCAGAGAAACAUAAGGAGAAUGCGACUCUAUGAUCCCAACCAAGAUGCUCUCCGUGCUCUCAGAGGCUCCGCCAUUGAGGUAAUGUUAGGCGUUCCCAACGACAAUCUUCAGCGAAUCGCCGGCAGCCAAGCCGAAGCCAACACCUGGGUCCAGAACAACGUCAGGAACUACGCCAACGUCAACUUCCGCUACAUCGCCGUCGGAAACGAAGUCCAACCUUCUGAUCCCGCCGCACGAUCACUACUCCCCGCGAUGCAAAACAUUCACAACGCCAUCGUCUCCGCCGGACUCGGCAACCGAAUCAAAGUUUCCACCGCCAUCGACACCAUCACACUCUCGGAGUCUUCCCCUCCGUCGAGAGGGUCUUUCAGGCCCGCAUCAAGAGCAAUUCUCGACCCCAUCAUUCGUUUCCUGGUGAACAACCGAGCUCCGUUGCUCGUCAACUUGUACCCGUACUUCAGCUACGAUGACAACCCCGUCAUUAGUUUAGAUUACGCUCUCUUCAGAUCACAAAGCCCCGUCGUCUCGGAUCCUCCGUUGCAGUACCGUAACCUUUUCGACGCCAUACUGGACGCUGUUUACGCCGCCCUGGAAAAAGCCGGUGGCGGUUCUUUGUCGAUAGUUGUAUCGGAAAGCGGAUGGCCUACGGCGGGAGGUAGGAAAAGGGGAGCCACGAAUAUCGAUAAUGCAAGAACUUAUAAUCAGAACUUGAUCCAGCAUGUGAGAAAUGGAACACCGAAGAAGCCUGGAAGGCCUAUAGAAACUUAUAUUUUCGCCAUGUUUGAUGAGAAUAACAAACGGGGGGAGGAGAUCGAAAGGCACUGGGGACUUUAUCUUCCCAAUCGGCAGCCAAAAUACCCAAUCAACUUCAACUAAACAGCUGCUGAAAAUCAUUAGAUGAAGGUA